AUGCAGCAGGAAAAUCAAAUAAUUCUUUGUCUUCAAGCAGCGUACCGUAACAUUUUAUCAAAGUGUUACAAUGACUAUAUACACCAUGUCGAACAGGAACUUCUUACUAUUACAAAAUCUUUUCUGACCUUAAGUCUAUGUAGCCACUGUCAAAAGUUUUUUAAUGAGAAAGCACAGGUACCUUUUGAAAAAGAAAGCAGCAACCUUACUUCUUGUAAAACACCUCCGACUGACACGAACGACUUGGACGACUAUUUAAAACAAAAGCCGAAUGAUGCUGCUAUGCAUACUACGGAAACAACAAUCAAGCUAGAUAAUGGAUUGCCUUUCAAUCAAGAAAACAUUGUAGCGCAACGUUGCAGAAAAAAAAAACGCGAUAAAACUUUAUCACAAGAUCAACGAAAUGGAAGCGUCAAGGAUGUGGGUUGGGUUGUAAGGCGAGAAAACAUAACAAAGGAAUGGAAUGACACAUUAAACAUUGACACGAAUCAAAAUAACAUAUCUAGAGUCAAUAAAGACCACACUACAAACAUUGAACAAAAAGUUGAAAAAAAUGAAGAAACGCUAUCGAAAUUCACUCUCACUCGUCCUUCUAUACCGCGAAAUUCGUUUAAAUUUGAACAAGAUUUAAAAAGAAAAAACAAUUUAAACAAAAAAAGACUUGCUUGUUCACAAUGUAAGGAUUUUUAUGACGCUUUAAAUCCUAAAGACAGGCAUGUUGAACUUUCUUGUUACUCUAAACAUAAAUCUUUUUAUCAACUUUCUUCAACGCCAUUGGGGUUUUGGGACGUCGACUUCCCCAAAACCCCACCAACGUUCGAAGACUCUACUUAA